CACAAAACUGCUGGCAGAACACAGAGUCACGCGUCGGCUGGAUAGCUGUGAAAUAUACACGACGUACAAUUGUAGCCUCCACAGACAUAUAUCGGGCGCUCUCAGUUGUAGAAGAUGCAUUCCAACUCGAAGUUAGACGAGAAGUCCUACGAAUCCGUCGCCAUGGUGGAUUCCAAAGACUGCAUCGACGACGAAGACAAAAAGGGGGAAAACGAGAGGGGACAUUGGGCCUCACAGCUGGAAUAUAUUCUGUCUGUAGUAGGCUUCUGCGUUGCCCUUGGUAACGUCUGGCGAUUCCCAUACAUCUGCAACAGAAACGGAGGAGGCGCCUUCUUGAUUCCCUUCGUCGUGUGUCUUGUGUUGUGCGGCUUGCCGCUGUUCUUCCUGGAGAUGGCUCUGGGACAGUUUUCAGCCAUGAGUCCGACACAUGUAUGGAGCCUUUGUCCAUUGUUGAGGGGUUUGGGCCUGGGCAUGCUGGCCAUGUGUUUCUGCUGUGUGGUGUAUCUGACCGUCAUCUGUGCCUGGGCGCUGUACUACACCGUCUACUCUUGUAGGGCCACGUUACCCUGGACAGACUGCAACAACAGCUGGAACACCGACUCCUGCGUCACCAGCGUCAAAGCUUUGAACCAACUUACUGGAGCGUUGAAUUCUACAAGUGUGAACGGGACUGGAGAGUUUAACACCACGUACACAUCUGUGGUGGCAGCAUACAGCAAUGGUACCCAUUUUGAUGGCAGUCGGUGGAACAACGACUCUCUGUCUCACACAGCAGCAGAGGAAUUCUGGCAGUACAAAGCUCUUGGUAUAUCAAGUGGUAUAAACUACCUUGGACCAAUCAAAUGGGAGCUGGCGUUGUGUCUUCUUGCGUCUUGGGUCGUGAUCUUCAUAUGUGUCGUAAGAGGUGUGAGAUCUGUGGGGAAGGUAGGCUGUGUACCUGUGAAUGAUCUGAUGCCAAAACGAUUCACCAACAGACUUAUUGUAACGGUAGUCCUUGAAACUAUGGAAGGUUUAAAAUUUGGAAGAUAA